UGAAAAAGAAAAAAAAGAUGCCUUCCCUUUUUGCCCUAACCCAGUUCCUUCCCCGGUUCUCUUUUUGCAUCCAACGAACACCAGUCUACACCCCUCCCUCUCUUCUUCCUGCAUCUCCGACGUCUCAGAAGCACCAGUUCCCACCGCCCACAGCCGGCCACCGUCGAUUGAGCAGGGGAGAAAAUCGACUCCUGCACACCAUCGUCUCCGCCUUCUGUUCUUGGACAAGAACAUGGAUACUCUUCUUCUCCUUCUUGCCCUUGUACUAUGUUUUUAAUCAAAGAGACGGAUCAACAAGGAUUUAUGUGAUGGAGAUGAUGGAUGGAAUUAAUGAUGGCAAUUUUUGUAUAUGGUGGUUUAGUAGAGGCAAUCAACCAAAAUCCACACUUUCUUUGCUUCAAUUUGAUGGCAGGUCAUAUUAA